GCCAGCAUCACCCUGCACGAUGGUUUCAAGGCGGUGAGCGAGGAGUGAUUCAGCAUCGCAGUCUCCGCUUUCAGACCCCCUUUUUAUUUCUCGGUGCUUCUUUUAUUUUGUAGCCUACAUUCGUGCAGUGAAUUCACGCCCCUCACCGAGGUUUGCAAAUGAUGUCGUCUGUCGGGAUGUUUUGAACAGGACUGUCACACCGGACUGUGGAUUGUGGUCAGCUGGCACGGAAUGGUAUUUAUGAACAGACAUUUCCUAUACUACUGCAGUGAACCAGUCCUGGAUGUGAAGAUUGCCUUUUGUCAGGGGUUUGGUAAACAAGUGGAUGUGUCAUACAUCGGCAAACAUUACAACAUGAGUAAAAGCAAAGUGGACAACCAGUUCUACAGCGUGGAAGUGGGGGACUCCACCUUCACCGUCCUCAAGCGCUACCAGAACCUCAAACCCAUCGGCUCCGGAGCUCAGGGAAUAGUAUGCGCGGGAUACGAUGCCGUCCUGGACAGAAAUGUGGCCAUCAAGAAGCUAAGCAGACCCUUCCAGAACCAGACACACGCCAAGCGGGCCUACCGGGAACUAGUGCUCAUGAAAUGCGUCAAUCACAAAAAUAUAAUCAGCUUAUUAAACGUUUUCACGCCACAGAAAUCUUUAGAGGAGUUCCAAGAUGUGUACCUGGUGAUGGAGUUGAUGGAUGCCAACCUGUGCCAGGUCAUUCAGAUGGAGCUUGACCAUGAGAGAAUGUCCUACCUGCUCUACCAGAUGCUGUGUGGCAUCAAGCACCUGCACUCCGCUGGCAUCAUACACAGGGACCUGAAACCUAGCAAUAUAGUAGUGAAGUCCGACUGCACGCUGAAGAUCCUGGACUUUGGGCUGGCGAGGACCGCGGGGACCAGCUUCAUGAUGACGCCCUACGUGGUGACGCGCUAUUACAGAGCACCAGAGGUCAUCCUGGGCAUGGGAUACAAAGAGAACGUGGAUAUUUGGUCAGUAGGGUGCAUAAUGGGAGAAAUGGUGCGCCACAAAAUCCUCUUCCCUGGCCGGGACUAUAUCGACCAGUGGAACAAGGUGAUCGAGCAGCUGGGCACGCCCUCGCCGGAGUUCAUGAAGAAGCUGCAGCCCACGGUGCGCAACUACGUGGAGAACAGGCCCAAGUACGCCGGACUCACCUUCCCCAAGCUGUUCCCCGACUGCCUCUUCCCCGCAGACUCUGAGCACAACAAACUCAAAGCCAGCCAGGCUCGAGACCUGCUGUCUAAGAUGCUGAUUAUUGAUCCCGCCAAGCGGAUAUCAGUGGACGAAGCCUUACAGCACCCCUACAUCAACGUGUGGUAUGACCCAUCUGAGGUGGAGGCAGGCCGAGAACUCUUCCAAAUCUCAGUGCCUCCGCCACAGAUCUAUGACAAGCAGCUGGAUGAAAGAGAACACUCCAUUGAUGAAUGGAAAGAACUAAUCUAUAAAGAAGUGAUGAACUUUGAGGAGAGAUUGAAGAAUGGUGUGGUGAAGGGACAGCCCUCUCCUUCAGGUGCAGCCGUGAACGGCAGCGAGAGCCUCCCGCCCUCCUCCCCCUCCGUCAACGAUAUCUCCUCCAUGUCCACCGACCAGACCAUCGCCUCCGACACCGACAGCAGCCUGGAGACCUCCGCAGGACCCCUCGGGUGUUGCAGGUGACUAGCGGCCUGCCUGCGCAACCCCAUGUUCUUCAGAAGGUGAAGUGCUAAACACAAACAACGAAAAACCCAACAAGAUGAAACAAAACAAAAAAAACGACAACAAGAAGAACAGCAAAGGAAAAAUGAAACGAAUACCCCUACUACUACUACCACCGCACCGGCCACCGCCACCCAUCAAGACGACAAGAAAAAUGUACAAAAAAAUCAAGAAAAACUGAAAAAAUCAACAUGGACCAUCAUGCGACCACAGCUAAUCGCUGACAACGAACUAAACUAACAAGCAAA